GGUUGGCAGUUCCAAGUCCUGACGUCACACAAAGAGUUUGUUUUUCCCUAAUCAGUGAAUCAUCGAAGCAGCAAAAAUUAUAGUAAAUAGUAGAUACGGAAACUAGCUACAGGUGACAAGAUGUUCUCCAGUGGCCCCAACUACAACAAGCUUAAGACGAAUCUACGCUUAGCGCAGAAUCGUCUUAAAUUGUUGGAAAAAAAGAAGGCGGAGCUGACCCAGAAGUCCCGUAAGGAGAUCGCCGAAUACCUCGCGACGGGUAAAAUAGAGAGGGCACGCAUUAGAGUGGAGCAUAUUAUACGCGAGGAUUACCUGGUGGAGGCUAUGGAAAUUGUUGAGAUGUACUGCGAUCUGCUGCUUGCACGCUUUGGCCUGAUCCAGCAAAUGAAAGAACUGGAUGCUGGCAUAGCCGAACCUGUGUCCAGUUUGGUGUGGGUCUGUCCCCGUUUGCAGAGCGAUAUUGGCGAAUUGAAAGUCAUCUCCGAUAUCUUCAUCCAAAAGUAUGGGCCAGAGUUCGCAGAGCAUGCCCGGACUGCAACUGGCGAACAUUACGUUUCAGAGAAACUGAUGCAUAAGCUGACAUUGCAGGCACCGCCUAAGUUGCUUGUGGAGAACUACUUGAUAGCCAUUGCUAAGAACUACAACAUUGAAUACGAACCAGAUCCACAGGUGAUGCAGGAGCAGGAGAAGCCUGAUCAGCAGCAGCAUCAUCUGAUCGAUUUGUCAGAUCGUAAUAAUCUAAGUGGCGGAGGCGGUGGACCUGCACCACCUCAAAUGGGUUUCAUUGGCUAUCCGCCAAUGCCACAGCUGCCAGAUAUGCCAGCGCCUCCCAGCAGCAAGCCAUUCAAUUAUCCACCUUUCGGUGGUGGUGCUGGAGGAGGUGGAGGAGGAGCAUGUGCUGCUGCAGCUGCAGUGCAGCCGCCGCCUCCAUUCGCAUACAAUAUACCGCCCAAUCAGCCGCCACCAACGACUUCCGCGCAGGGCAAGUGCGCUGAGCAAAAGGAUUUGAAUACGAAUUUCAUCAAUCACGAAAAUAUAACUAAGAAUGAACAAUCGGAUGGCUCUGGCAGUCCGGAUGAAAAUAUUUUGCGCCCCAAACCGCAUAACGAUCCACCGCCACGUUACUCCUCGAUUAAUCCUGUUAAUUUGCAGAAUGCCAAUAAACCGAAACCUCAACCACGCUCAAAGCUGCCACCUGGCGGGCCAGAGCAGCCCAGCGCUCCACCUCCAAUGGACUUGCCUUCGUUGCCCAAUGUACCCAACGAUCUUCCCGAUGUUCCAGGCAGCGAUAAGCCCGAUGAUGAUGAAAUCGAUUUUGAUGAACUGUCACGUCGCUUCGAGAACCUGAAGAAGCGCAAGUGAAGCAAUAGGAUCGCCGCACCGUUUAAUCUUUAUGCAUUCAAAAUUUUGUUAACAUAAAUAACCAACUAUAUAUUUUAUAUACGA